UAAAAUUUUAAGAUAAAUAUUUUAAAAAAUUUAUCAAAUACCUACCUAAUAUUUUUUACCAAUAAAGUAUUAAUUAUAUGAUCAAUAAUGAAAACGUAAUACCUUGUUUUAUAAAUAUGCCUUCAUUGUACGGAGAUGUAUUAUGUUUAAAAGAGCUGUUGAGGGCCGACAGUAUUGUAAAUGCUGUCAGUUUCCAAACUAAUAGCAAUAAUAUAUUUGCAUUAGUUCUCAGUAGCAAUGAUCUUAUACUUUAUUGUGACCAUGCGCCUCCAUUACUUAAAUGGUUACCCUGGCCUAAAGAUGAUAGAAAAAGAAUAGUCUCACUGGCAUUCAAAUCUACUAGUGAAAAGCUUUUAGUAUGUGGAUUUGAUUGCACUUUAUAUUUGGUAUUUGUUCGUGAAAUAUUUGAACCUAGAGAGGGAGAUAGAAGAAAUAAAGUGAAAAUUAUUAGACCAGCUCCUGGAGAACCAACUAGUUCACUAAAUCCAACAGCCAUAACUUGGUGGACACCUAUAGUUCCUACAUAUUCAAGUGAUAUUGGAAUUGUUGGAGGAAAUAUAGGAGAAAUUGUUUUUGUUAAUCUUCGUACUGGUGCUUGUCUUGGUUCUACUUGUGUAAAAUUUUCUAUAAAAUUUCUCGAAAUAUUAAAUGAAAGUGGUUCCAAUACAAUUUGGUUGAUUAUAAUUAGUACAAAUGGAGAUCGUUCAAAACUAUUACUUGAGAAUUUAGAUAUUGGAUACUGUUGGCUUAAUCCAAAAACACAUAGUGCACAUGAUAAAACUGCAAAGCCGACAAAUUCAUUGAAUAUCGAGAACAUUGUUCCUGUGAUAUCAAAUUUUCCUUCAACUCGUGCUCGAUUACUAGGAUUACGGCAACUAUUUAUAGAGAAAUUAUCUGCACCUAAAAAACAAAGAUCGGUUGUAAAUUGUGUUCAAAGUGUGCCAAAUGAUGUAAGACAUCCAAAACGAAGUUUUUCAUCUGAUACAAUUACUUCUGGAUGUUCUUGUCCAAGUACAGGUCCAUUACCUGAACCCAUGCCUACAGUUGUUGAUAUGAAAUCUAGCGUACAGAGUCAUCGUGGUAAACAAACUAUUGUGAGCUCUUGUUCUAAUCAUAUUUUGGUACAUGCUUCUGGAUUUAACACUAAUCAACCUUUAAUAUACAAAUUAUUUAAAGGAGAAGAAAUUGAAAACUUUUUAUAUACUGACCAAUUUAUAUUCAUUUCUCAAAAUGGUGGUACCAAAUUAAAUGUAUAUUCUUCUAAUCUUUGUCAACUAAAAAGUGAUGUGGAUGAUGACAAAGAAAAAAGCCUGUUCGAUACUUUUAACUUUGAUAAUGGUGAAAUAAUUUUGAAUAUAUUUAGAGUACUUGGACGAAAAGUUAAAGAAAAUGUAGACAUCUCUCUAAGUGUUUCUCCUAAAAAUAAAAAUCGAACAGCAUCUAGUAAAAAGAAAAAAUAUGAUCGACAACAUAGCCGUAAAGAUAAUUCUAUAUCUGAAUUGUGUGCUAUAGUCACUAACUGUAGAUUAUAUUUUCUACAUUUAAGUAUUAAACCUGAGGAAAUAAUAUUUAAGAAUAUUAUGGAUGGUGCAUUAGAUCAUGCAAAUAAUUUAUCAGAAAUCUUUGACAUUGAUAUACGACCUAUAUUGGAAAGAGCAGCUGAUCAACAACUUAGUGCAAGGAAAUUUGAAGAUGCUACUCUUUUAUAUCGUUUGUCAAAGACAAAUCCAUUAAAACGUGUUCUAAGAUUAGCCUCUUCUGGAAAUACUGAUAAAGUAGUUCUAUUUGUUAGUACACUUUUAGAACAAGCACACCCAAGAGAUCUCACUCCAUUAGAAAGAUUACAUAUUUCAAAUUUAGCUGUAAUGAGCUAUACAGAACAAUUAUUACGUGCUACCAGCCGGGAUAAAUCAAGACUAGAAUCAAAAUUUUUGCGUUUAUUAUCAGAAAACAAUCAUUAUGAUGAAGUUUUAUGUGUCAAUAUCGUUGGUCAAAGUCGUUUAUGCAAUGUGCUAAGAUUUUUAGCUGUUGAAAGAGGUUUGCACAAUGAAGUUAUUACAGUCUUAGUCAGUUUAAUGAGUCAACAAUCUACUGAUAGUCGUUAUUUGCACUCAACUGAAGGAUUUUGGGAUUUGGUAUCAGAAUCAAUUUUUACAGAAGUGUUGGUUGCCUGUAAUAAAUUCACAACUUUGCAUUCUAAAUUUGUACAAGCAAAUCUAAAAAAUGUAUCCAACGAUAUUCUUUUGAAACUUAAAAUUCUUUAUGAUCCAUCUAAUCCAGCCUUACGACCAAUAUUGCGCAAAGUAUUUCAAUUUAAAAAUGAAACAGAAUCCAUAACCGAGCAAGAUAAUAAUCUCAAUUAUUCUAUUAAAGAAUGGUUGACCACUUAUUUAAUGAUAAUAUCCAGAUUAUCUUCAAAUCAAUAUUCAGAUAAUUUAAUUGAAUCCGUUACAUUUUCUCAUCAACUUAUUUCAAAUACUUCUAAUUCUGAAAAUGAAAUAGACCACAAAUCUAGUCUUGGAGCUGGUUGGGCUCAUGCAGCUCAUAUACGCAACCAUAAACUUUAUACAUGGGGACAUUCAUCAUGUGGCUGUUUAGGGGUUGGACCUCAUAUGACUAAGACUUCAACACCGAAUCCAGUUUCUUGGUUUGUUUACAUACGUGUUGAAGUAAUUCAAGUAGCAUGUGGUCGAAAUCAUUCAAUAGCACUUACAACAAAUGGGGUAUAUUCUUGGGGAUCAAACCGUUAUGGUCAACUAGGAACAGGCCGCCGUGGACAAGCUCCAUAUCCAAUGUUAGUGAAGAGUUUAUCAGACGAGUUAUUGGUUAGUGUUUCAGCCGGCCAAUAUCAUUCUUUAGCCAUUUCUACACGUGGAAAGUUAUGGACUUGGGGUUGGGGUGUUUAUGGACAGUUAGGUCAUGGAGCCAUUGACGACUGUGAAAAACCAAAACUAUUAAAAUCUUUAGAAUCUGAAAAUAUUAUUAGUGCUUAUGGAGGUUAUUCACAUAGUAUAAUUCUGACUAGUAAAGGUAAAGUUUUUACUUUUGGUUCUGGAUCAUUUGGUCAGCUAGGUAAUGGCAGUACAACAAAAAUAACUAGCCCAGUUCCGGUUUAUGGACUCCCAGAACCAAUUAGGUGUAUUUAUACUGCAUAUUUUCAUAAUUUAGCCUUAAGUGAUGUUGGUCGCUUAUAUACUUGGGGUAGUAGUCCACAAGUACUCCGUUUUCAUGCUCAAACACAAAAAAGAGCCAGAAAUCAACUUGCCUUAAAUGAAGGCGAUCAUAUGGAUGCAGAAAUUGAUGCAUUAACAGCUGAUGAUGGUCUAUUACAUUUAAGUCCAACACUUGUAGAUACAUCUCAUAUUCUAGGAGAAAUUGUUCAAAUGUGUUGUGGUUGUCAUCAUUCAGCUGUUAUUAAUUCAACAGGACAAUUAUACACUUGGGGACUUAAUUUAGAUGGACAGUUAGGAGUGUCUGGUGUUCGCGAGAGACUUGUUCCGACUGUCACAUUAGUUGGCCCACCUUCAGUUGCAGACCCUUCAUCAACUAAUGGUUCUUUAAUCAAAGAAGUUAGAUGUGGAGCUGAUUUUACAUUGGCUUUAGAUGCAUCCAAUAAACUAUGGGGAUGGGGUAGCAAUCAUGAAGGACAAUUGGGUAAAAUUCCAGAAGAAGAUUUGGCAAAGACAUUGUUGGAUGGUAAAAUGGUUAUGAUUAAAUCAACACAUAAAGUUAUUAAAAUCCAACAUGGCACUGUAAAUAAAUUAGAUUCUCCAAUUGAAAUAAUAUUGCCACAGUUAAGGUUUUCAUUUUCAAACAUUAAAGAUAUACUUUCAAUUCAGGUAAAGCGGCUAUUAAGUUUUCCCGGCUUAUGUCCAUUUGAACGCUUUCUUGAAAAUCUCAAUAACAUAUUCAAUGUUCAUGGUGUAGAUUAUUUGUUACAUUAUGCAGCAGAGUGGUUUUACCCUUAUUAUAAUAUUUCUUCUGUUGUUUCUAUGUGUCUUGAGAUGAAAAACCAUCAAGCAAUUAGUAAAAUUAGGUUGAUUAACAAUGAACCUUCUUUAGCAUUAUUUCAUCAACAUGAAGCAUUUGUAGAAACUAGAGAUUAUGGGGAAAUGUUUGGUUUUAAUGUAGAAGGUGGCCAUGAAGAGCCAGCUCCUGCUCUUACACCUUGUGAGGGUUUUUCUAUAAAUCUUGAAGAAGGAGAGUUAUUUACUUCUUUACCGGAGUCUUUUGCAUCACGUGUAGUUACUGAAGAAACUAUUGUAAAAGAAUGGCCAGGAAUUUCUAAACUUGCUCAGAUGUUUGAGUAUUAUUUUAAAUUUAUACCCAAAGACAAUUUGGUUUCAUUUUUGCAUGAAUAUCUUACAUAUUGGUUGACCAAGUCUUUCCCUGUAGAUGCAUUAGAACAACUAUUAUUAGAUCGAUGGGACAAAUUAAAUCAUCCACUAGGAAUUCUGUUAUUGUGUAAUAGUGGUUCUUCAAAAGCUCAUGACCUUGAUGAAUUAGAUAUGAAAAUUAUGGAGCCAAAAACAAUUAUUAGAUGUUUUUCUGUGAAUUUUUGUUUGCAACUAUGCACAUCUGUUUCUAAAAAUAUAGAAAACAAAUCUGAAAAUCAAAAAGAUUUUAUACAGCUACUGGCCACUGUGACUAAUUCACCAGGUUCUGGAUGGAUAGAACCAUUAUCAGAAACAAAAUCUGAAGACUUGUUAAAAUGUUCAGUACAAACACUUAAUACUAACCAAUUUCAACCGUUCAUGCAUUUAGAGUUUCAAGAUACUGAAACUUUGGGAGAUACAUUAUUAGUAUAUUCUUGUGGCCAUCGUUAUUCAUCAAAUGAACAAUUUAAUGAAGAUACUAAAAUGGUGGUUGAUCAUCUAGAUCAUUUACCUAAUACUGCAGCAGCUGUACAAACAACACUACAAGAUACCAGUAAUUCGGCUUGCCCAAACUGUGUUUAUGAACAAAUGAACAAUCUUAUCCAAAGAAAUUAGUAACAUUUUAAUAACCUUAAUAUCAUUAUUUAACAUUAUUUUAUUAUUUACCAUAUUUUAGUGUUUACAAAUGUUUCUAUUUGAUAUCAUCUAGUCAAAACUAGAAAAUUUAUACUUUUUAGUGAAAAUUAUUAUGUUGUGCAA